AAAAGCACUUGGAUCAGUGCCACCUGCAACUCUGCAGAUCACACUCUUCUGUUCUUUUCAGUUUUCUGUUCCCAGCGUGACCCGGUUGUUCUGCCGUCCCGUCACUCAACCGCCCAAGAUACCCCCCUCGUACACCGCACGGCUGAGCUUCAGCUGAUUGCCCUUUCUUUCUCCACCUAGAAUUACUGCUUGCUUUGCAAACCGUCAAGAUGUUCAACAAUCGCAAGUUCUCUAUGAACAAGAAUACGGGUCUUCCCAGAAGAAGAUUCAGUAUCGGUGACCCUAGCGCCAAUGAGACGAGCUCCAAAAUUCACAGACAGUUCCGUGCUGCGAAUCCCGGGCAUCUCCCCCAUGCCGGUCUCGACGCCUCCCGCGCUUCAACCGGUGUCGUCUGGUGUACCGAGCGCGCUGCCGAGCAUGGGUUCAUGGACGAACCUGAACUAUGGGCCAAUCUAGGCCAAGGUGCCCCGGAGGUUGAUGAUGAGAUUGAAGGUUCAUUCCCUCGGCCUACUCAUAUCGACGUCUCCGUUGCGGCUCGUGAGUAUGGUCCUACCGCUGGCAUCAAGCCUCUUCGGGCUGCCGUCGCUAGAAUGUACAAUGAGAUGCACCGUCAGGGGAAGGAUAGUCAAUAUUCUUGGGAAAAUGUGGCUAUUGUUCCUGGUGGCCGAGCUGGUUUGAUUCGUAUUGCCGCCAUUCUCAACAACGCCUACGUUGGCUUCUUCAUCCCCGACUACACAGCUUACAAUGAGAUGAUGUCUCUUUUCAAGAAUUUCGCUGCUGUCCCCACGCCUCUUUCGGAAGAGGAUGGUUAUCACAUCCACCCCGAUGUCAUUGCUCAUGAAAUUGCCCGGGGUACUUCGGUCAUUCUGACCUCAAACCCUCGCAACCCCACUGGUCGCGUCGUUGCCAACCCUGAACUCGCCGAGAUCCAGGACAUCUGCCGUGGGCGUGCGACGCUCAUUAGCGACGAAUUUUACUCGGGCUACAAUUACACGAGCGAUUGCGAUGGCUCUGUCAUCUCAGCUGCUGAUAAUAUCGAGGAUGUCGAUGAGGAUGAUGUUCUCAUUAUCGACGGCCUUACCAAGCGAUUCCGUCUCCCUGGAUGGCGAGUUGCUUGGAUUCUUGGCCCCAAGGAAUUCAUCAAGGCUAUUGGCUCUUGCGGCUCCUACCUUGACGGUGGUGCCAAUGCUCCUUUCCAGGAGGCCGCCGUCCCCAUGCUUGAGCCCUCACUCGUUCGCAAGGAGAUGCAAGCUCUCCAGCGCCAUUUCCGAGACAAGCGGGAUUAUGUGGUCAAGCGAUUGCGUGACAUGGGUUUCGUGAUCAAAUACGUGCCGGACAGCACAUUUUACCUAUGGCUCAAUCUCGAGGGCCUGCCUGGCCCCAUCUCUGACGGUCUCAAUUUCUUCCAAGCAUGUCUCGAAGAGAAGGUCAUUGUCGUCCCUGGUAUCUUCUUUGAUCUCAAUCCUGCGCGCCGUCGUGACCUGUUUGACAGUCCUUGCCAUCACUUUGUCCGCUUUUCCUAUGGACCUCGUCUGGAUGAGCUGAAGCGAGGCUGUGACGGAAUCGAGAAGGUUGUUCAGAAAUUCAAGAACUUCAGGGACUGAAGGCCUCCGUCUGACCUGAUAGGAGUGCUUGACGUAGAAGGUGUCUGAGGAGCAUAUGUCAGGUGACUAAUCAAAAAAGAUAUUACUUUGAAAACGGGCAUGGACAGCUUUUAAACGUUAUGGAUCCAGGUUUUCCGGUUUUUCUCUUCCUAGAACCCAAAUACUUUGAGUACAUGUUCUAGAUUAGA